GUUCUAAUUCAAUAGAUAUUGCAUUAGAUGAGUCAAGAAUUAUAGCCAUUAGUCAGAGAGAAAAAGAACGUUUACAUAAUCGUAGUGUAUUGGUUCGCCUAAUUGACAUCACGCUAUGUUUAGCUAAAAGUGGUAAGCCCUUCCGAGGACACAACGAACAAAAGUCCAGUGUUUGUAAAGAUAAUGGUAAAAAGAAUGUACUAUAUACCAGUAAUUUAAUCCAAAAUGAUUUAUUGAAAUCUAUUAACAAUGUAAUGAAACGUAAAAUUUUAUCAAAAAUAAAAAAUAAACUUAUUUCUGCAUGUGCAGAUGAAACAAGUGAUGUGGGCCAUCACGAGCAAAUGUCUGUUGUAUUAAGGUUUGUUGAUCCUUCGAAAAAUAAACCAACUGAAAUAUUUAUAGGCUUACAACAAAUUAAUGUAGAUUGGAGUUCUGUCUUGGCUGUUUGUUUUGAUGGAGCUGCUACAUUGUCUGGCAAAAAUAAUGGUGUUCAAGCCAAAAUUAAAAUUGAAAAUUCUCAAAUUCAAUGGGCGUGCAGAUCAGAAGCUAUUGAAGCAGUUGAUCAUAAUUAUGAUUCAUUAGUACAUUGUCUUUCAGAAAUAUAUAAGACUACAAAAUUAGCUGAUGUGAGAUUAAAAGCAAAUGGACUUAUCCACAAUCUAAAAAGUUUCAAUUUUAUAUUUGCUUUAACUGUUUUAAAACCUAUUUUGAUUCAAAUUCGCAUAGUUAGUGCAAAGUUGCAAUCACCAGACAUAGACCUCUUAGCUGCCGUAUCAAUUGUUGAAGCACUAAAGAAAUCAUUAACUGACUUAAGAACUGAUGAAGACAACUAUUCAACAUUAUUUGACAAAGUUUUGGACAUUUGUAGUUCACAAAAAAUAGAGAUACCAAAUGUAAAACAAAGAAAAGUGUCUAGUCGAAUUGACAGCAACAAUACUCAACAUUUUAUCUCUGACAAAAAAACAGAAAUUAAAUGUUUUGUGUACUACACAAUUUUAGAUGACCUUUUAAACGGAUUAGAAGAACGUUUUAGUCAAGAAAAACUUUUACUAAUAAUUGCAAUUGGACGUUUAUUACAGUUUAACCUGCAUGAACAUGACUUAAUUUUACUUUCCAAUAGGUUUAACUUAAAUGACAGUGAACUUGAAGCAGAACUCAGAUUGUUAAAAUCGUUACCAGAAUUUGAAAUUGGUAAAACAAGCAAAACUAUUUAUCAGUGGUUAAAUAAUCUGUCCACUAAUAAUUUAUGUAAUAGUUUUCAAAAUUUUUACAAGAUAUUAACUCUUUUUGUAACAAUGCCAGUCACAAGUUGCUCUUAUGAGAGAUCUUUUUCAAAAUUAAGUUUGGUAAAAACAAAGCUGAGAAGUUGUAUGACGCAAGAUCGAUUGGAGUCAACGAUGUUAAUAUUUGUUGAACAGGAAUUGGCAUCUGAAUUAGAUCCAGAAGAUAUAAUUGAAGAGUUCAAACAUCUUAACAAUACACAACGGCGACUAGAACUUUAA